CUUACUCUGAUUUUCCGAAUUCUAGGCUUAUUCACAAUAUAGCAGGCCAAGAUGAACAGACGAAAAUUUUGCGUAGAUCGAUGAUGUUGAGACGUCAGGAUAAUCGAGCCAACAGUUUCAUCUUCACCCGGAAGCUGGUCAUAUUUGUAUUUGUUGUAUUGUCCGCUCCUGCCGUCUACCUUAUCAUUGGAUCAUCCAACCAGUAUCAGUACUCGGACUACACUUCUUCUGCGUCCUCCGACAGAUUUAUCGGCGAUCUACCUCACAAUAAUGUCAAAAACGAGACUCCAGUCAUUUCGGAUAGUCUUGCAGAUGGAUCACCUAUGGAAGCCGAGUUAACAUGGGAUACCUCUUUCACUCAUCUAAUGAGCAGUCCGGAGAAUGGUUUCUCAAUUGCCGGCAAUGAUGUUCUUGUUUUUGUUCACAUCCAAAAGACCGCUGGUACGUCCUUUGAGAAGUUCCUUGUGCGGCAUCUAAAAACAGAGCACCCAUGUCAGUGUAUCAAAGGCAAGAAGAGAUGUACAUGCAGCAGACCGGGUAGAACAAAUGAGGUGUGGCUAUUCUCACGGUACUCGACCGGUUGGCUGUGCGGGUUACAUGCGGACUUCACGGAAUUAUAUGUAAGCGGAUGUGUGGACAAUAUGUUAAAUAAAAAAGAAGGUGCUAGAAGAGUGCGAAGGUACUUCUACACCACCUUUCUUCGUGAACCUGUUGCUCGUUUCAUUUCUGAAUAUCGUCAUGUAAAUCGCGGCGCAACUUGGAUUGCUUCAAGACAUAUAUGCAACGGUCGGGCCCCCACGUCUGAUGAGUUACCAUUAUGUUUUGAUCCACACCUUGGCUGGGAUGAUGUUAGUUUGGAUGAAUUUUUGCACUGUCCCUUCAAUCUGGCAUUCAAUAGGCAGACAAGAAUGCUAGCUGAUUUGACGCUUGUCAACUGCUAUUCAAGGACUGGGAUGGAUCCCAGAACUAGGGAUCGUAUACUUUUAGAGAGUGCUAAGAACAAUCUUAGGAAUAUGGCUUUUUUUGGAGUAAAGGAAAGAAUGGAUGAUAGCCAGAUGAUGUUUGAGCAAUUAUUCAAUCUCAGCUUCACCAAAAGACUGUCGGUGUGGUCCAGGAGCAAAUCUAAUGAUACAGAUGUGACCGCGGAACAGCUAAAGAUUAUCAGAGAACGUAAUGAGUUGGAUAUUCAACUCUAUGACUACGCUGUGAAUUUAUUUGAGCUUCGUUUAGCAGUUCUCAUGAAUCGAUCUGUCCCAUAUAACGUACGAGCUGGUACGCGUUUCACUCCAUUUGAAUUCAAAUCUACGCUGAACCAUGUACCAGUGGAGUUCAUUCGGGAUAAGGAUCCUCCACUAGAUCAUGUGCUUCGCAUGUCAAAGAAUAACGUCCUCAGGAACGCCGACUAUGAGAGCGACUACGAUGAAGCCCACGCUUCCGACGAAAAUGCCAAUAUCGAAUUUGAACGGGUCUGACGACAUUGUAAGAGAUUAUCUUGCCAGUUCGUCACAAAUUCAAGCACGCGUACUAUUAUCAAUUCAAUCUCAAAAUCUCAACAUAUAUCUAGUCUGUGCUGUAUACGUUACUAUUACCUUGUUCUCUAUUGAUGCUGGAAGAAAAUGAAUUUUAUUUGCUG